AUGGUUCGUGUCCAGCAGCCAAUUGACGGUCCAGUCGGAUCUCACGCCGUCGACAAGCGAGAGCAAACCGGCCUUCUUACACGCUUUGUUCCCGACAAACUCAAGAAUACCUCUUUCUACCGCUGGUUGUUGCGUCUCACCCGCGUUCUUCAGCUUGUCUCGUCCGCCGUCUCUCUCGGCAUCUUCAGUCAGCGCCUAUACAAAGUCUACCGUCUCGUCAACAGUGUCAAGACACGCCGCGGCGUAAACGGCGCCUAUGGCGCUGUAGAAGGCAUCCUCGCCGCCGCUGUGCUAUACACCCUGAUCACUAUGCUGCUGUCCUGCAUCAAGAAAUCCGCCAACCCUGGAGGUAGAACAUUGAGGUGGAUCUGGGUACUUCUCGACCUGCUCUUUGUCGGUGCAUUCAUCGCUGUCACUGUCUUGACACGCCCAGAUGGCGGCCUCGCUGGUGCCAGGCACUGCUACAACCCUCGGCGUCUUGCGAACGGCACAAACCCUAGCACCAUUACUGGCGAGACAGCAAGCCGUGAUGACUCUUGCAACCUGCCUUGGGGUACUUUCAUCUUGGCCAUCAUCAGCACCUUCCUGCACGCUAUCACCGCCUCUUUCCACGAAAUUAAGGACUAUCGCCGAAGUCACAGGCUCGAACAGGAGAAGGCCGCUCAGCAGCACAACGAGAUGGCGGCUGACGGCGCUCGUUAUUGA